GAUAUAUACUUCCGGGCGCAGAGGCAGUGCAUCCGAGACUAGACCCAAAGGAAGUCUCAAUGGUGGGAGAGGCGGGACCAGACCUCCAGACGCCGAAGCUGGGCGGGCUCUGCAAAGGCCGGAAAGAUGGCGGUCCUGGCACCUUUAAUUGCUCUGGUGUAUUCGGUGCCACGGCUUUCACGAUGGCUGGCCCGACCUUACUAUCUUUUGUCAGCCCUGCUUUCUGUUGCAUUCCUACUCGUGAGGAAGCUACCCCCUCUCUGCAACAGUCUCCCCACGCAACGCGAAGACGGCAACCCGUGUGACUUUGACUGGAGAGAAGUAGAGAUCCUGAUGUUCCUCAGUGCCAUUGUGAUGAUGAAGAACCGCAGAUCCAUCACUGUGGAGCAACAUAUAGGCAACAUCUUCAUGUUUAGUAAAGUGGCCAAUGCAAUUCUUUUCUUCCGUCUGGAUGUUCGCAUGGGCCUGCUUUACAUCACACUCUGCAUAGUGUUCCUGAUGACGUGCAAACCUCCCCUGUAUAUGGGCCCUGAGUACAUCAAGUACUUCAAUGAUAAAACCAUUGAUGAAGAGCUAGAGCGGGACAAGAGGGUCACUUGGAUUGUGGAGUUCUUUGCCAAUUGGUCUAAUGACUGCCAGUCGUUUGCUCCUAUCUAUGCUGACCUCUCCCUCAAGUACAACUGUACAGGGCUAAAUUUUGGGAAGGUGGAUGUUGGACGCUACAGUGAUGUUAGUACACGGUACAAAGUGAGCACGUCGCCCCUCACCAAGCAGCUCCCUACCCUGAUCCUAUUCCAAGGUGGCAAGGAGGUCAUGCGGCGGCCACAGAUUGACAAGAAAGGACGAGCUGUCUCUUGGACCUUCUCUGAGGAGAAUGUGAUCCGAGAAUUCAAUUUGAAUGAACUAUAUCAACGGGCCAAGAAGCUAUCAAAGGCUGGAGAUAAUACCCCUGAGGAGCAGCCUGUGGCCUCAACCCCCACGGAAGUGCCAGAUGGGGAAAGCAAGAAGGACAAAUAGAAUCCCUGCCUUGUCAGUACUUCCUCACCUUUGAGGCGCUGCCCCUCCUGUAACCACAAGCCUUGCCUGAGGCCUGGGCCUUUUAUUUAUGUUUUCUCCUUCGGCUAUCCCUGAGUGGGGCAGGGGGCUGCUUCUGAUUUUAAAGAGGCUUCCGGGGAAUUGACAGGCAUCCUCCAGGACAGCCUCCACUGCUGUGGCCAACUUUCACUGGAAGAAGGGAGAAAUCUACCAUGGAUGAGGAAAUGCUUUCCCUCCAAGCUUGGGUCAGUUAUCAGUUACUGUCCACCACUCACAUGUCUCCACCAUGCUGUGUUUUCAUCCCUCCUCUUAGUGGACCUACAUACAGUCUGCUUAGAUUAUAUUCAACCUAACAGAAGAUGCCUCUGUAUGGAGUCUGCGCUAGGAUUUUUCCCUCAAGGACCCUUGCUUAUUUAGGCACUUCUGGCUGGUCUGUGGCCUUCUUUAAAAAGUAUAAGGCUAAUUUUGCCACUGGUCCCAAGGAGACACCUUUAACCACUGAGUGUACUCAUUGAAGAUAAUAUUGAAUAAUCCCCCUAUUUUUUGGAGUUUGGGAGGAAGGGGAAUAGGCUUGAGACAUUCCUUUGUGUGGUGGGGCCUCCCGGAGAAAGCCGUUGGGCAGGAAUGGGGUUUCCACUUACUCUCCUACCUACUCCCAACACCCAGUUGAUGGUUUUCCAUAAUAAAGAAACUGGGAUUUCCUUUUGUUUGCGCCUUUGUGUGUUCCUCGCCC